UCUUCUUCUCCUCUCUCUCUUAACACUUCACCAAGAAAACAUUACAAUGACAUUCUUCAUCGAAGACACUAAUCUCAUCAUCAGCCACCUUCUUUACAAAACCGCGGUCGUCAUCGCGGUUUUACGAUGGAUCUUCGCCUGUAUCCUCCGUUACCGAUCUCAAUCAUCAUCUGUUAUUUCCGAACCAAAAUCUUUAUCUCUUUCCGUUUCAUCUCAAACCAUUAAAGAAAGCCUAGCCAUAACAGCUUUCCGCGACGCGGUGGAGAGAUCCCCCGCGUCGUCGUCGAUUAGCGACACGUGCGCGGUGUGUCUAGGAGAUUUAGAAGACAACGACGAAAUUAGAGAGCUUAGGAACUGUACUCACGUGUUUCAUCGUGAUUGUAUUGACCGGUGGGUUGAUUAUGUAUGUCGAGGCGGCGGUUGCGGCGGGGAUGAUGAUGAUAACCACCGUACUUGUCCGCUUUGUCGAACGCCGUUGCUUCCGUCGUUCUCGGAUUGUUCUUCCGUUAACCAACCUAGUUGGGCUGUUGAACGACUCCUUUACCUCUUCGGCGAUGAUCUUCUUCCUUGAACUUUUUUUUUUACUUUUUUACCUUUUUUACUUUCUUUUUUUCUUAAACAUUUUAUUUCAUUUUUUUUAAAGAUCAAUAUUGUAGUUGGUGAAUUGGGUAGAUUAAUAGAAAAUAUAUAAGAAUGGUGUCAAUUAUACAAAAUCGAAUCAAUUUGAUUUGAUUGUAUAUAUAAAUGUUCUAGUGAUUCCAGUGUGUAUUCUUUUUUCUCAAAUUAAUGUUUAAAGUUGAUUAAUAAGUUUUCUAA